AUGUUGUCAUUUUUUAUCAAAAUUUGCAAAAAACUUGUGGAAUUCAAUAAUCUGUAUUCUGCCAUGUCAAUAAUAUCUGCUCUACAAGUGGAAUGCAUUUAUCGUUUGAGGCACACGUGGGCUGGUCUCGGUAACAAAGAUCGGGCAGCGUACAGGCGUCUGGAAGAGCUUUUCAGUCAGAAUGAUAAUUGUCGCAGACAGCGUGAACAUAUGAAUUCUAUCAGUCUUCCUGGUAUCCCUUACCUAGGUUUAUAUUUGUCUGAUUUAACGUAUACAAAUGUGGCUCAACCGCGUAUAAAUGGAAAACCAACUGCCGUAUGGUUCACAAAAAUCAACUCGAUUAUUGAUAAAAUAGCAUAUUUUCAACAAUCUGAAUACUCCUUUGCUGUGGAUGAAACUCUCAAUGCAUAUCUAUGUGCCCAACGCUACAUAGAAGAGCUACAGAAGUUUCUAGAAGAAGAUAAUUAUAAAACUUCACUUAUUUUAGAACCUCCUCCUACGUUACCCACACCAUCCUUGUCAUAUUUACCUCAGAAAAUAUACGGAACAACUUCCUCAACCAUCUCUAGUUCCAAUAAUAGCAAUCCAGACAGUAGUAAUAUUUUAAAGAACCAAAAUAGUUCAUCAACAAACGCAUGUCAUUCAAACAAUACUGGGUUAACAUUUGACGGUCGGAAUAGUGGAUUUGGAUUCCGAUCACCGUCAAAGCUGUCAAAUUUCGUUCAUAAUACAAAGAAUUCUCAUCAUUAUCAAAAUCACAGUCGUCAUGGGUCUAAUGUCUCAUGUAAAGGUGCAACAGUUAAUUCUAGUUUCGAAGCAGAUCUUUUACCUACACUGAUGACGAAACACAUUACACAUUCAAAUGAUCAUAUAAACAAUUCCAUACAAGUCUCUAAUUCAAACAAAUUAUUGGAGUGCAAAACCGAUCAACUCAAAUCUAUGCGUAAAGUAUCUUGGGAACAAACUGAAGGCAUUACUAAAGACGAGACAUCUCAAUCACAACAUCUACGGAAAGAAUUCUCCACAUUACCUAGACCUAAAACUAAAAAUUCCCUAAAUGUGACGGAUUCCGAUUUCCUAUGCACUUCAGAGCCCCAGUCUAGUACUCAAGAAUUGGAGUUUCUUUUUCCUGAACAUAAAAGUUCACAGUUGCCUCCAAUUCCACCGAGACCAUUUAUUGAUUGUGAACAAACAAAACAUUCUACUCUUAGUCGAUCGGAAUUAAAAUCUGAACAACUAAAUCUCAGUCAAUCACUCGUAACAACUGACCUAUGUACCAGUCCAAAGUUAUCGUCUACAAAUUAUUGCAAAUCGUUUUCUGUUAGUGGAUCACUUCCUGUUAACGAUGUUUCACAAUCAAAUAUACCAGCUACGUCAUCAGUCACUAAUCUUUUGUCAGAAUUCAGUUUAUGUUCUCUGAAUGAUGUAUUCAACUCGUCAGCGGUUGCUGUAGCCGCAUGCGCAACUUCUUUAAGUGCUGUAGAUGCUUCAUGCACCACACCACCUGCACCACUGUCGUCAUCAUCUGUAGCGGCGAUAAAUCCUAGCUGUGGUAAAUUUGACGAUGUACCAUCAUCAGAUAAAUCUUUUGAACAUCAUUUUUCAAUACUUGCUACAUCAACUCCACCGGAAUCACCAAAUGUCAAACAAAAUUCAUCAACUACGGAGGCACACGUCAACAACAGUCCGUGCAUUUCAUACUCAUCAGUAGUCCCUGACUAUUUUGGUGUUAGAGUUAUAUGUCAAGGUGUUGUUCAACGUCGAACUGUAUACCGUUUCACACCAACAACAAAUACCAAUCAAAGUUUCGACACUGUUUUGUUCAAAUAG